CUCUUAGCAGCCUGCAGUGUUGACUUAAUCCGCUUUGUCAAACAAUUUGACUCCCUAUCCCCCCUCCCCCCACCCCCCUUUUUUAAAAUUUAAUGUUAACAAAGUUUUUUGAAGCGGCGAUUCCCUAAACAUGAACCCGAGGAAGAGAUACGUCCUGCUGCUGUGGAUGCUUGUCUGUUCCGGCGGCUCGACGGAGGCGAUCGAGCCGAUCAGUACCAGUAUAGCGGUGGGCAUGGCAGCGGCUCUGACCGGGUUUUUAGCUAGCUACCAGAACAUCUUCUACUAUUUCAACGAGUGCUGUCGACCCGAGUGGAUUGCUUUCAACAAGACAGGUCUCCAGGUUGACCUGGAAAAUAAAAUGUUUGGACAGCACAUUGCGUCGCGCAUCAUCCUGAAAGCUGUGAACGGAUUCAUAACCAACGACAACCCGAAGAAGCCCCUGGUGCUCUCUCUGCACGGAUGGACCGGCACAGGGAAGAACUUUGUCAGUCAGCUGAUUGCUGAUAACAUUUACAAAGAGGGAAUGGACAGCAACUUUGUUCAUAUGUUCACAUCUGAACUUCACUUCCCACAUUCAAGUCAUUUGGACACCUACAAGUCUCAGCUACAGCAGUGGAUCAAAGGCAAUGUCAGCAACUGUGCACAGUCCAUGUUCAUCUUUGAUGAGAUGGACAAGAUGCAUCCCGGCUUGAUUGACAGCAUAAAGCCGUAUCUGGACUACUACGACAAGCUGGAUGGAGUUUCUUAUCGAAAAGCCAUCUUCAUCUUCCUCAGUAAUGCUGGAGGGGAGAGCAUCACACAGACUGCUUUAGAUUUCUGGAAAGCAGGGCGAGCUCGAGAAGAGAUCGAGCUGAAAGACCUGGAAACAUUGCUCUCUCUAGCAGUGUUCAACAACAAGAAAAGUGGCUUGUGGCAUACGAGUUUGAUUGACAAGAAUCUGGUGGACUUUUUCGUCCCGUUUCUGCCCCUGGAGUACCGACACGUCGUCCAGUGUGCCAUGGCCGAGAUGAAAGCCAGAGGACAUCGGCCAGACCGCGGUGUGGCAGACCAGGUGGCGAAAGAUGUCGUCUAUUUUCCCAAAUCGGAGAGAGUUUUCUCCGUAAAAGGCUGCAAGACGAUACAAAGCAAGUUGGACUACUACCUUUAAUGUCAGCAUCUGAUGGACGCUGUGUUCGAUCACUAUGUGCACUUUUUGAACGACAAACCUCUCAGCCAAAUGACUAAAGAGAGGAAGUGAAGCUGACGGAACUCUUCAGACUCUGUCUGACCUUGUGGCCGCCUGGAACACUUCAGCAGGCCUUCUCCAAUGUUGCAUAUCGCUUACACUGAAUGCAGAGGCCGAUAAAAGAGAACAGCACUAGUUGAAUGAAAAAAUAAUAACAUUGAAAUGUUAUCCUUUGUAAGUGAUUAAGGAGCUUGAUCUCCGCUUGAUGUCACUACAGUGAGAGUCUCGAAGGCGGUGUCGUUUCCCCGAGAGCUUCUAAAUGACUUGCAGGGUGUCUCUCUGUCUGUGCAACUAUGACACGUCACUGUUGUGCAUUUUCUUUUUUUUAAUGUGUACUCCGUAUAUAUGGAUUACUGGAAACACCUGCCUUAAAUCUUUUUAAUUUCACAAUUUGUUUUAAUUUUACACAUGUCCUUCGUACGCAUGAGGCCUUGUACACUAUUAAAAUACAGCAGUGCAGAAACCUCUGUAUAUAUGUAUCAUAUUAAAAUCCACAUGUUUUCUGUAAUGUGCAGCCACACACUUUUUAAAUAUCAAAUUUCAGUUCAUUUGAUUCAUAUGAGUUCUAUACACUGUAAUUGAUUUGGUCCUUAGUGAAAUAGUUCCAGAUUUUAUUUACACCAUGUCUGGACUCAAUAGUUGGACACUGUGUAUGAACUCAGAGCACAGUAUCCUCGCAACAUAAGAUUUUAUCAACUUGAUUUUUAUUCUUAAAAAUGCAGACUGUUCAGAAUACAACAUUUGAAUGAUCUUGUAUAUAUCAGAGUGGUUGAUUAUCCGAUUACUUUGAUUUACAAUCCUUUUUUAAAACACAAUACUCUGUACUAUAGUUUGUCUUUGAAGAGGAGGAAGUCAUACUUAUUUGUUCCCUAACAUUGUUGUGGAAGAAAAUGUUCUGGUGGUUUCUCAAUCUGACAGUUUGCUGUCCAAACCACAACAAAAGAAAUGUUGAUGAAAUGUUUUCUAUACAUUUGCUCACAAAGGGUGAAGGAGCUGUAAGUGCACUGGGAUGUUGGUGUGGAUGGAAAGCCAACACCAGUGCGCUUCUCUGCUGUAAACAUCAGACAAACAAAUCACAAAUAAAAUAAAACAAAUAUUUGGUGUCUCUGUUUCUGACAAAUACGGGGGACAAUUUAUUUGAAAGAAGCUAAAAACCUGGUUAUCUAAGGACAGACAAGUUAAAUAAUCUAAA